AUGGCGGGCCAAGGUCGCCCAGCGGCGCCCCUGGUGGCCGCUGCGGAGAUGGCAGCACGGGAGCAAACAUCGGAGGUGCAGGACGGUGCUUGUAACGGGCUGAUGGUGCGGGAAGGUGCUUACAACGGGCUAACAGUGCAUGAAGUUGCUUGUAACGGUCUGACAGUGCAGGAUGGUGGUUGCAUCGGGCUGGCAGCACAGAAAGGCAGUGGUACUGCAGGCGGGGCAGCAGCGGAGAGCACAGCAGCGGAGAGCACAUUAUUGAGAGCAUUGGAGGCGGAGGAGGUGCGCAGGCAGGGCCAUCGCAUGGUGGAGUUCAUCGCGGAUUACCUGCAGGGCGUGGCGGACAGACCCGUGUGUAGCACCGUGCAGUUCAUCGCUCAAUACCUGCAACGCGUGGCGGACAGGCCCGUGUGCAGCAGCGUGCAGGCGACGCCCCCCUCCCUCCCGCCCCCAUCGCUGUGCCCCUCGCCCCCACCUGUGUGCAUUCCUCUCUAUCUUCCUUUGAGGCACCUGGUCCACCGCCCUCCCUCCCUGCCUCUACCCUCCUCAAGAUUCAUCGCUCUUAUAAUCCAUAGCCACAGCCGCUUGCUUCUCCCUCAUAUCUCUCCUCCCUCCCACGUCCCCUCUCCCUCCACGCCUCAUCUUUCCCCACCCCUCGUCUCCGCAUACUCCCCCUUUGCUCCCUCCACCGCGCUGCACUGCACGGCAGACAUAUCCAGCGCCAUCCUGCCGGGCAUAACGCACUGGCAGAGCCCUUGCUUCUUCGCCUUCUUCUCCUCGCCCACCAGCGCCGCCGCCAUCUGUGCUGACGCGCUCAUCAGCGCCCUCAACGUCGUCGGCUUCUCGUGGGCCGCCGCUCCUGCUGCCACUGAGCUGGAGGAAGUUGUGAUGGACUGGAUGGUGGACUUGUUGGGGCUGCCAGAAGGGUUCCACUCAGUGAAGUCAGGAGGGCAGGGCGGGGGGGUGAUUCACGGCACAGCCAGUGAGGCGCUGCUGGUGGCGCUGCUGGCUGCCAGGCGGAGAGUGCUGGACCGCAUAGUGGGGCAGGCUGGGAGUGUGGAGGAAGCAGCAGCAGCAGAUUCAGAAGCAGCAGGCAGCAGGCAUGGUGCUCAGGAGAAGAAACGGGCGGCUGAGGGGCGGCUGAUAACGCACCUUAACGAGGCGGAAAACAGGCUUAUAUGGAGGAUAGUGUCAGCACGGAAUGGCAGGCACGGGUGCAACGGGAGCGUGGGGGUGACACAUGAGGAGUGGCCGGCGGACGCUGCAGGGGAAGGGGAUGGCGAUGGCACUGGGGCUUCUGUUAUUAGUACCACCAGUAGCAUUGGUGCACGUGCUGGUCAGGCUGCCAGCAUCAGUGGUCGGGCGGCUGGUGGCAGCAAGGCUGCUGCUGGUGCGUGUGAGCAGGGAGAGGCUGCCGGGGUCCCGUGGGGCAGUGCGGAGGACAGGGCAGCACAGCGUCUAGUGGCAUACGUGUCGGACCAGACGCAUGCGUGUGCACUCAAGGCGUGCCGCGUGGCAGGCAUGCCCGAGGGCAACGUGCGUGUGCUGCCCACCACUGCUGCAUCGGCAUAUGCUCUCACUCCCUGCCAGCUGUUGGAUGCGGUGCAGAGGGAUGAAGCUGCUGGCCUCAUUCCCUUCUUCCUCGUCCUCACUGUUGGCUCCACGUCAUCCACCGCUGUGGAUCCAAUCGCCCCCCUAGCUGCGAUCGCAAAGGCGCAUGGCAUGUGGGUGCAUGUGGACGCAGCGUAUGCAGGCAUGGCAUGCAUGUGUGCUGAGAUGCGGCACCGCCUGGCAGGCGUGCACCUGGCCGACUCACUAGCGUCCAACGCCCACAAGUGGUUGCUCACCAGCUUCGACUGCUGCUGCAUGUGGACGCAGGACAGCAGGCCUCUGGUGAAAGCACUAUCCAUACUGCCGGAAUACCUGCGGAACAAGGAAUCAGAGAACCAUCACGUGGUAGACUACAAGGACUGGGAGAUCCCCAUUGGCCGCCGCUUCAGGUCGCUGAAGCUGUGGAUGGUGCUGCGCACAUACGGGGCGGAGGGGAUCCGGGCGUACAUCAGGCGCCACAUGGCGCUUGCUGAGUGGUUCGAGGAGGCCCUGCUGCAAGAUGAUCGGUUCCAACUGAUGGCUCCACGCCCCUUCGCGCUCGUCUGCUUUCGCCUCAAGCCGCCCGCAGCUCGCACACACAGCGGGGUGGCGUGCGGAGGGGGGGACGAGGGGGUGAUGGGCGAUGGCAGUGAGGAUGCAGGGAGGAAGGUGAAUGCGGCGCUACUAGAGGCGAUAAACAGCAGCAGGCACGCGUACCUCACACACACUGUGCUAUCGGGGCAGUACACACUGCGCAUGGCAAUAGGGGCGGUCAAGACAGAGAUGGCGCAUGUGCAGGCAGCUUGGAGGCUCAUCCAAACGAAAGCUUCUGAGUUGCUGGAGGAGGUCAAAUUUACUAGAAAUAACAAAACAAACUUACUACAGUAA